AGGGGGAAAAUCCUGGAAUUCUGGGAAUUACCAAAGCGGGAAAAAUCCCUCUGGGAUCACAACCCGGCCCUGCCCCCUGUCCCAAUCCCCAGGGAAUUUGGGAAUCCCUGCAGGGAUUGGGAAUCCAGCCCUGCCCUGGGAAGUUCAUUCCAGUGCCUGACAGCCCUUUCCAGGUGGGAAUCGUUCCCGAUAUUCCCUCUCCUCAUGGCCCUCAUUCCCUGGGAAUUGGGGAUUGUGAGGGCUGGAAAAGCUCCCUCCUGAUCCCUCUUUUUCCCUGGGAUGAGCUUUCCCAUCUCCCCCUGCUCCAUUCCCACCUCCCCCCCCUCCCCCAAAUCCUCAUCCUUGCCCUCCCCGAAUCCUGGGAUGGGCUCAGAUCCCAGAUGGGCUCAGAUCCCGGGAUGGGCUCAGAUCCCGGGAAUUGCUCAGAUCCCAGAUGGGCUCAGAUUCCGGGCCGUGCUCCGAUCCCGGGAAUUGCUCAGAUCCCGGAAUGGGCUCAGAUCCCGGGAUGGGCUCAGAUCCCGGAAUGGGCUCAGAUCCCGGAAUGGGCUCAGAUCCUGGGGUGGUCUCAGAUCCUGGAAUGGUCUCAGAUCCUGGAUGGGCUCAGAUCCCGGGAAAGGCUCAGAUCCCGGAUGGUCUCUCUCAGAUCCCGGGAUGGGCUCAGAUCCCGGGAUGGGCUCAGAUCCUGGGAAUUGCUCAGAUCCCAGGAUGGUCUCAGAUCCCGGGAUGGGCUCAGAUCCCGGAUGGUCUCUCUCAGAUCCCGGGAAGGGCUCAGAUCCUGGGAUGGGCUCAGAUCCUGGAUGGGCUCAGAUCCCGGGAAGGGCUCAGAUCCCGGGAUGGGCUCAGAUCCCGGGAUGGGCUCAGAUCCUGGGAUGGUCUGAGAUCCCGGGAAGGGCUCAGAUCCCAGGGUGGUCUGAGAUCCUGGGAAGGGCUCAGAUCCUGGAUGGGCUCAGAUCCCGGGAAGGGCUCAGAUCCCGGGGUGGUCUGAGAUCCUGGGAAGGGCUCAGAUCCCAGGGUGGUCUCAGAUCCCGGGAAGGGCUCAGAUCCCGGGAUGGGCUCAGAUCCCGGGAAGUGCUCAGAUCCCGGGGUGGUCUCAGAUCCCGGGGUGGUCUCAAAUCCCGGGGUGGGCUCAGAUCCCGGGAUGGGCUCAGAUCCUGGGAUGGGCUCAGAUCCCGGGAUGGGCUCCAGAUCCCGGGGUGUCUCAGAUCCUGGAUGGGCUCAGAUCCCGGGAUGGGCUCAGAUCCCGGGAAGGGCUCAGAUCCCGGGAAGGGCUCAGAUCCCGGGAUGGGCUCAGAUCCCGGGCCGUGCUCCGAUCCCGGGCCGUGCUCCGAUCCCGGGGUGGUCUCAGAUCCCGGGAUGGUCUGAUAUCCCGGUCGGUGCUCCGAUCCCGGUCGGUGCUCCGAUCCCGGGGUGGUCUCAGAUCCCGGAUGGUCUGAUUUCCCGGGCCGUGCUCCGAUCCCGGUCCGUGCCCCGCUCCCGGUCGGUGCUCCGAUCCCGUUUUUCCCGGCC